UCACUCCAAACUUAAUCCCUCUCUCUUGCCUCAGACUCCUCUUCUCCCUCUAGUACGGGAUAAGCCCGGAAAUGAAGCCGAGGCCCUCGCCUGAUCGCCAGAUACAGGCCUUGUUCCCAUUCGCCCUGGGCUCUAUCCUGGUCCUCGGAGGUGUAAGGCUUGUCCUGGACAACCUCAGGAGUCGCCAUGGGAAUGUCAACGGGAUCUUUGACAGGCGGAUGGGGCCGAGGAUGUUUGUGCCCGAGGGAGACAGGAUCAAGGACGAGUGCAAUGUGUUCGAAGGCAGAUGGAUCUGGGACAAUGUGAGUUAUCCUCUUUACAGGGAAGAGAGCUGCCCUUACUUGGUCAAGCAGGUGACCUGCCUCAAGAAUGGCAGGCCUGAUUCCUACUACCAAAAUUGGAGGUGGCAGCCCAGCGGAUGCAACCUGCCAAGGUUCCAUCCACUGAUGAUGUUGGAGAUGUUACGGGGAAAGAGAAUAAUGUUCGUCGGAGACUCACUUCAGAGAGCCCAAUUUGACUCUUUGGUCUGUCUACUGCAAUCUGCCAUCCCUCAAGGAAGGAAGUCCCUAAAGAGAAUCCCUCCAAGAAAAAUUUUCAAAAUUGAGGAUUACGACAUUUCGAUCGAGUACUACUGGGCCCCAUUUAUCGUAGAAUCGAUCUCGGACAACGCCACAAACCACACCGUCCGCAAGAGGAUGGUGAGACUCGACUCUGUGGCUAGCCACACUAAGUACUGGAAUGGAGUUGAUGUUCUUGUGUUCGAGAGCUACGUCUGGUGGAUGUACAAGCCUGUGAUCAAUGCCAGUUAUGGAACUCCAUUCAUUGUCAGAGAGUAUAAUGUGACAACAGCCUACAGAUUGGCUCUAGAAACAUGGGCAAAUUGGUUAGAAGCCAACAUCAACCCUCAGACACAGAAGGUCUUCUUCAUGAGCAUGUCUCCAACGCAUCUCUGGAGUUGGGAAUGGAAGCCUGGAAGCAAUGAGAACUGCUUCAGUGAGUCGCACCCGAUCGAAGGCCCUUAUUGGGGCACGGGAUCUAACCUAGAGAUCAUGGGAAUACUGCACGAUGUCUUGAAAGGACUGAAGAUCAACGUGACUCUGUUGAACAUUACUCAACUCUCAGAGUACAGGAAAGACGCUCACACAUCUGUAUUCACAGAACGCAAGGGAAAGCUAUUGACAAAGGAACAGAAGGCAGACCCGAAAAGAUUUGCAGAUUGCAUCCACUGGUGUUUACCUGGAGUCCCAGAUGCUUGGAAUGAAAUUUUGUACGCAUAUCUGUUGAAGGACUACCAAAAUAAGUGAUGACUUCGAUUUAGAAAUCAAAAAGAAAUUCGAGAUCUGUCCAAUUUCAGGGAAUCAA